AUGAGAGAAGCGAUUGAUGAAUUACAACCAGUAAGAUGGAAAGUAUUUCAAUGUUUAUUAAUUGAAGGUGAGAAUUUUGGUAAAGAUGCAUUACGUGAUGCACGACCGAUGGUGAUUACUGAUAAACAAUUUGAACAAUUUUGUGCAACACAUCGUCAUUUGAAAUGUUUUGUUCCUGAGUCUAAUUCAUUUAUGAGAAAUUCGUAUUUGAUCCUUGACGAACGUAUGAGAUUUUUAGAUUGUCGAUAUGGGCGAAAAGAUCCAUCACCGUCGAUAUUAGAUGUUGGUGUUGAAGCAGCAUUGAAUAGAAGUGGAUUCGAUGAGAAAAUGUUUUUUGAACGAGGCGGAAAGUAUGAAUGGACAAAGAAUGUAGAUGUUAACGACUGGUAA